AUGGCUUCAAAUACUUCGCAGAGUUCGAAAACUUCUUCCACAGGACAGAAUGGUCGAGUGGCGGACCGGCAGGUGCCCAUGAAGGUGCUGGCUCUUGGAUAUGGUCGCACAGGCACAAGAUCCCUGAGAGACGCGCUCUUGACCCUUGGCUAUCACCACACAUAUCACACCUUUGAUGCGGUAUAUGUGAACCCGCGAGAGUGCAAGAUAUGGUUGAAAGGAUUGCACGCCAAAUGCGACGGUGUAGGCAAGAAAUUUGGCCGUGAGGAAUUUGACCAGCUUCUUGGUCAUUGUCAAGCUGUUGCGGAUAUGCCAGCAGCAUAUUUCGCUCCCGAGCUCAUCCAAGCCUAUCCUGAUGCCAAAGUGAUCUUGACCAUCAGGGACAUCGACGAAUGGCAUGAGUCCGUUAAAAACACGCUUCAAAUAGCAGAUAGCAGUCUAAUAUCUGGAAUAUUGGGUUUCACCGCCAAAAUUUUGUUCAUGCCUAAUCGGUGGAAUUAUCCCAUGUUCCAAAAAUUGAACAAGGUGCUCUAUGACGGUGAUUUUAAGAAAAAUGGUAGAAAGAGUUUUGAACAGCAUUAUGACCAUGUCAGAUCUUUAGUGCCGCCUGAGAAUCUGCUUGAGUAUCACAUGAAAGACGGGUGGGAACCAUUAUGCAGGUUUUUGGGCAAACCGAUCCCUGCAGAACCGGUUCCGUAUAUUAACCAGCGUGAGGGUUUUAACAAGAAAUUCCGAGAUUGGAAUGUGGCAAGCAUUCAGGCCCAAUUGAAACGGGUGCUUGAUAUUUCUGCGUAUGCUGCGUUGAUGGCAUGGGUGGGAGCUGCGCUGUUGACAAGAUUGUCAUGA